GAAGAGAAAAGGAUUACAUGUGCCUUCUGUGAAAGAAUGCUGGAGAAUGCGAAGAAUUAUGCAGUCACAGCAAAGGCAGACAUAAAUUCGUUUGCUACCAAGGCAUGUUCAAAGUUACCACAAGGACGCUACACAGAAAACUGCUUCCAAUUAGCAGAACAAAAAAUUGCUGAACUUGCCAAAUUCGUCGACCAGCAAGUUAUUGAAGCAUUAUGGUGUGCGGAGCUCAAUCAGUGCUGA